UACCUCCAUUCAGGUAAACCCAGAGUGUCUCCCUCCGAUCAGGCGGCGUCCCGCACGCGCGUGCAUUUGGAGGCAAAUUACAGUCCCUCACCCCUCCCCGUCCCUUUCGUCACGUCAAGCCCGCUUUGCAUACCGACUUCCUUCUCCCCUCGCUGGUCCACCAGCCCGGCGAGUUGGAAGCGAGGCGAGCAGCAGCAGCAGCUGAAACCAUGACGGGCAGGGAUACGGUAUCACGGACAGCCACGGAAAGCUGCGACUUUUAACAAACUUCCCUCUGGAAGUAAACGGAUGUAGCGCGCGCGACAUCCAGCCGGGAAGAAGGACUACAAGCAGAGGAAUGGAUAAUAUCUGAUGCUACGGGGAUAUUCUUUAUUUUGUUUUUCUGUUCGAGGCGGAAUAUGUUUGUACGUGGAAGUACACGGACUGCUUUCCCACCAACUCUCGGCUCUAACCUAAGGAUUUAAAUCAGCACUUUCUCUCUUUUUUUAGCUGGUUUUAUUUCCGCGUUUAAAAAAAAUAUUAAAAUUUUUACACCAUAGAUAUUUAGGGCUUCUAUUUUUUUUCUUUUUUUUGUAAGCCAAUACAUAUAUUUAAUGUAUAAAAUUAGAAAUGGGGUGGCCCCCUCUGAAACAGCCUGUGAAACCAUUAGAAGCCCAUUUUAGCUCCCCUUUUUGACCCAUUUCAUGCAGCUUGUUUUACCCCCUUAAUAACAGGUGUCUCAUUUAUUAUCUUGUCUGUAUAAAGGCUGCAAACUGCGUUGUUUUUUGUAUAUAUUUCCUUCUGUCUGAUUGAUUCAGACCUAUUUCAGAGUAAGGUACCUUCCCUGCUGCUUUUCACCAUGCAUAGUUUCAUGGUAGUGAAUGUAUUGCUACGUGGACUCGUCAUCUAUGCGGUACUGGGCUCAGAAUGGUCCUACUCGAAUGAUCUACCCAGCCACUCAUCUGAUGCUACCAAUGUAGCCGUCACAGACCCGUGUCUGAUAGUGAUGCCACCGUGCUCGAGCGAGGCCGACCGCUUUAGCCUGGAGGCGUUGCGGCACAUCCACAAGCAGCUGGAUGACGACAACGAUGGAGGGAUAGAGGUCAACGAGAGCGUGGAGUUCAUAAUAGAAGAUAUGAAGCAGCAGCAAACCAACAAGCACAGCAACCUGCACCGUGAGGACCAGCACAUCACUGUGGAAGAGCUGUGGAAGGGCUGGAAGACCUCUGAGGUCCACAACUGGACCAUGGAGGACACGGUGCAGUGGUUGAAGGAGUCGGUGGAGCUGCCGCAGUACGAGAAGAACUUCCGGGACUUCAGAGUCACGGGGAACACGUUACCUCGAAUAGCGGCGAACGAACCGUCGUUUAUGUCGAUGCAGUUGAAGAUAUUGGAUCAGCGGCAUAAACAAAAGCUAAACCUGAAGGCGCUCGACGCGGUGCUGUUUGGGCCUCCUCUCCGUCAGCAGCACAACUGGGUGAAAGACUUUGUCCUGAUGGUUUCCAUUGUGAUCGGUGUGGGAGGCUGCUGGUUCGCCUACAUCCAGAACAAGUCCAGUAAGGUGCACAUUUCUCAGAUGAUGAAGGAUCUGGAGAGCCUUCAGAACGCUGAGCAGAGCUUGAUGGAGCUGCAGAGUCGGCUGGAAAAAGCUCAGGAGGAGAACCGGACCGUCGCCGUGGAGAAAGAGAACCUUGAGCAGAAGAUGAGGGACGAGAUCAUCGAUGCCAAGAAGGAGGCUCACCGGCUGCGAGAACUGCGAGAGGGUGCAGAGUGCGAGCUAAGCCGGCUCAAAUAUGCAGAAGAGGAGCUCGUGCAGGUCCGAAAGGCUCUGAAGCGGGCGGAGAAGGAGAUGCAGUCCGAGCGUUCGGUCCCUGAGGCCCUGCAGAAAUGGCUGCAGCUCACACACGAGGUGGAAGUCCAGUACUACAACAUCAAGAAACAGAGCGCAGAGUUUCAACUUUACGUCGCCAAAGACGAGGCAGAGAAAAUAAAAAAGAAAAGAGGUUCUGUGUUUGGAACCCUUCAUGUUGCUCACAGCUCAUCCCUGGAUGAGGUGGACCACAAGAUACUGGAAGCAAAGAAAAGUCUGUCAGAAGUGACAGCAUGCCUGAGGGAGCGGCUCCACCGCUGGCACCAGAUAGAGAAGCUCUGUGGCUUCCCCGUCGUCAAUAAUUCAGGUCUGCCCAGCCUGACGGCCAGCCUCUACUCAGACCACAGCUGGGUGGUCAUGCCCCGCGUCUCUGUCCCUCCGUACCCCAUCGCGGGCGGGGUUGACGACCUGGACGAGGACACGCCUCCCAUCAUUCCACAGUUCUCCACAGCCACAUUGAUCCGGCCGCCGCUGACCCGAAACAGCAGCCUGUGCCGCUCCCGUCGAAGCGUCCUGAGCCAGCAGUCCUCGCUGAUGUCCCCGGACCCGGACCUGCUAUCCAUGGCCGGCUCGUCCCUCUCCUAUCGCCCCGACGCAGACGAAGAACAGUUAAUGUUCAGCGUGGAUAGGAGGGGGUAUGUAGCGGUGGCCAGAACGGCGUGGAAUGGUUUUACAGUUUGGACUAACAGAGAAGCGGCUCAGGACGGCAGCUCCGACACAGACUCCCUCAGCUCCUCCAUGGGCCGCAAGCAGCUGCACUCCCCCUGCGCUCCUGGACAGGACACCCCGUACCGUCGGAUCUCCCGCGAGGAGAUGCUGCUGCUGGGCCAGAGCAGCCCGGAGCGCCCCGGUUCCACCCACACCACCAGCAGUAGCAGCAGCAGCAGUCUCAGGGACUCCACGCCUCCUCCCAUGCCUCCCACGCCGGCCGCCACCCCCUCCAGCCCCCCUUCUACCUCCCCCUCCCCUGCCAUGGAGCACCACCCGUUUGCACAGAAAGGCUCGCCCGAUCUCACCUGCAUCUUGCCCGAGUCCCAAAGCAUGCCGCUCUCACAGGGAGGCGCCGCUUCUCCCACAGGGAAGGGCGUCUACAACGGCAUCCUGGAGAAGUCCUACAGCUUCGGCCAGCUGCCGGCCAGCAUGCUGCCCAACGUGGGGCGCCAGCCGUCCCUCACCUCGCUGGACUCGGAGGGCCGGAGCGUGGGGAGAGAUUACAAGCUCCACAGCACCUCCUCCCAGGACUCCUGCGACAACGGAGAGAAAAACAAGCGCUCCUCUAAACUCAAAAGCCUAUUUAAGAAGAAAAAAUAAAAUAAAAACAUUCAGAGCGAGAGUGGCGGCAAGAGAGAAAACGUAACUAAUAAGAGUUUUAUCAGUCGUUUGUCACUGGAAGAUAAAACAUUUCUUUUUCUCUCCUGGUUUUGCUCCUCGAAGAUGGAAUGUAGCUCAGCCUGGGUGCCGUCAAACGCCCCUCAGCCUGGUAGCCUUAUUUUUCAAUAAUCCCUUUGUAUUUAGUUCUCACAGAGAAAACCCGCACAGGUCAAGGAAGGAGCCGAGGGAAGCUUAAAUUCUGCUGGUCUUCUUCUUUAUUUUAAUUUUUAUUUUAGUUUAAACCAAAAAAAGCCUCUCUUAAAGGGUCUAAAGGUGCAGUCUGUACAUUUUAGUUUCCAGCUCACAGUGUAGUGUUUCACUGAAGACGUGUAGUGCGGACAAACUCGUUUACUUGACUCAUUUCAUUCAUUCAGAUUCAGAAGAAAAAAGAGAAUAAUCCUGCUAAAAUAUUGUUGCACUACUGCUUUCUUUCUUUUCGUGGUGGAUUUGGGAGAGAGGCGCCGCUCGCGGAGCGACGCGUUUGAAUCAAGAUGUCGACGUGAAGAGGGGAUGCAUGAGCGGUCGCCGUGGAAACGCCAAAACGAUCCGAUGUGCCCUCAGUGCCACUCUUUAUGGAUGUCUCAACAUAAAUAUAUAAAUGGAAAAUAUAUAUAUAUAUAUAAACUGUUUUCACAUGAUGUUCUUAAAGGUGAUUUUAAUAGAUUUUUAAAUUUUAGGCUUUCACUGCAGACUGAAGCCACAACAGUCACUUUAUCUGUGUUCAUGUCGCCCUUUAUUACUUGAUUACCUGCAUCCUGUAGCCAUACAGUUACAAACAUCUACAUUCUUUGUGUUUUUUUCUUUAAGAAAAAAAAACAAGAAAUCCUGCACUUGUUGCCAACAUAAUCAAGUUUUGUGUAAAUUGGCUCAAAUGAGUUGGAAAACUAUAGAUUUAUUACUAAGAGUGAUGUAUCUUAUUCAUGUAUUUUGGGGGUAAUUUUGAUUGUUUUUAGCUUACAGCUAAAGAAAACUCCAACUUAUGAGUAUUUUGAAAUGUUUUCAAAAGUGUGGUAUUGUUUAGUCUUAUUUAAGUUGAAGAGAGAGUUUAAUUUUCUAUAAGAUGAUACUAUUUUUAUUUGUUACAUAGUCCAUAAAUAAAAGAUUUACAGAUACAAAAAAAAACAUUUUUAUUUUGUUUUAUUAAAUUGAUUUAAAUGUAAACACAUGCCACAUUAAAAAGUAAACAAAAAAAAGUUAUAUUACCGUUUUGGGACCUGUUUGUGACCUUUGGUGCCUUUUUUUUAAAGGUAAGAGUCAAUGCUUUGUUUUCCAUUUUGGCAUCAUACAUGGAAAACGAAUUUAUGUUCAGAUUCAUUGAUGUUGAUGCAGAU